GUGACUGCUGAGACAAAGUGACGUGUUCGAGUACCGAGUCAAACCCACUUCAUUUGGUUCAGACGCGGUUGUAAUCUGCAAAGAUGAAUAUUGGUGUUUUGCUGUUGCAGCUUAUAGUGCAGAUUGUCUCGAGCCAAACUGAGGUUAGUUAUAUAACCAGGCCGGAGAUUUCCAUGCAGUUUCAGGCAACCAGUCUUCCUCGAGUACAAGCACCAAGUUCAGUAAAUAUCGGCAAAACUGUCGUGCGAGAAUACUUGAGCGCUGGAUAUUCAAGAUUCGUGGAAGGGUGUGACGCAACAUGGAGGGUGCCAUGCAAUAACACAGCAAUUACAAGCGAUGUAUGUUCUCGAUGGAAGUGCUGUUGGGAUCCGACACACCCUGUACCGUGUGCGCAUAACAAAUACUUUUUAAUAAAGCUGGCCAAUUCAGAACCAGAAUACAAAUCAUGUGGGGUUCCUCAGACUUCUCUGACAACCGGGAACAAUGCAAUUGCGAAUCCGCCACUUGUACCAUUUAUAUUGUCCAUAUUGAAAGGACGAAUCGUUGGUGGAACGGCGGCUGCAGACGGUGAUUGGCCGUGGGCGGCUUACAUAUUCGAGGUCGCUAACGGAAUAAUUAAUGGCGGUAUCUGCGGUGGAGCCUUGAUCAAUGAUCAGUGGGUUAUAACCUCCGCUCAUUGCAUCGGAACGAAUAAUCCGUUGUUGUACGGAGUAGUGCUUGGGGAACACAAGGUGAGCGUGCUUACAGGACACGAAGUCGUCUCGUCCGUAGAUCGAAUUAUUUCACAUCCUUCAUUUGACCGAAAUUCCUUGGAUUAUGACAUCGCUCUAAUGAAGUUAACACUGAAGAUCACCUUCACGAAAUACAUUCGUCCCAUAUGUCUGGUCACUGCAGCAACAAGAACUGAUGAUACCAUCCCUCCUUCGUUUGCAGGGGCUGUUUGUGUCACUGUUGGUUGGGGAUUCACUUCUUCACCACAAGGCAAAAGAAGCGACCAACUUAUGCAGAUUAAUCUUUCCAUUACCCCUCGCAUUCUGUGUCGUUCCAUCGUGCAAUCCAAUGGGGCGGCAUAUAGCAACCGAUUUAUAUUUCCAUCCGACCCGCAGUUUUGCGCGGGUGGAAUGCUGGGUGAAGACACAUGCAACGGCGACAGCGGUGGACCAUUAAUGUGCAUGCAUGCUGAUGGAAAGUAUUAUCUUCAUGGGAUAACUUCAUACGGAACUACAGUGUGUGGCCAGUUAAAUAAACCUGGAAUUUACACAAAGAUCGCAACUCUCAGUUCUUGGAUAGCUGCAAAUGCGAUAUAAACCCAAUAUCUGUGAAUGAACUACUAAUAUGUUGUGGAGGUCAUGGGAGAAUGCGUGUAUAAUGUUUGGAGCAUUUUCUUGUACUGCGGCAGUUUCUUCUGUUUUCUUGUGUCUUUGUAAUAUUGAUUUUGCCUACGCUGCUCAAUGCAAAUAUCCCAAACAUUUAAAUACUUUUCCUCAUUGCUUUUUGCGUUGCAAUAAAUUUAUUAGACAUGAA